UGUGUGUGUGCGUGUGUGUGUGUGUGUGCGCGCAUGUGUGCGUGUGUGUUAGUGGCCCAGCCCACUGUAACAGAGCACUUCCCCUGCUUGCUUUGAGAAGGCUCUAGCUGACAUUAGUGUUGCUCUCUGCCUCCUGCUGUCUCCAGAUAUGGCUGCACAGCUGGUUGUUGCUCUGCUGGCUUUCACCUCCCUGAGCGCUGCGUCUGAACUGGACUGUAAGGAGCUGGUUAAGCCCCUGGUGCUGGACAGUCACAGCCCUAUCUAUGGAAAGUGGGUGCUCCAUGUGGGGACAUGGGACCAGCCCGGCCUGAAGAGUGACCUGGUGUCGGUGAACAGCUCCUGGUUGGAUUUAUCGGCUUCAUCUGACAGCGGAGUCAUGACCAUCUACUGGUCCGACCGGCUGGAAGAAAAAUGCCUUCAGGGUAUAGCCAAUGCCACCGUCUCUGGGAUGACCAGUCACACCACUUUUAAUAUCAACGGUCACACUUCAUAUCACGAUGGCAAGUACUAUGAGACGUGCUCUGACUGCCUCCUGUCCGAAGACACCACACUCCUCCCUGACGGCAAGUCUAAGGGACGAUACCUUUUUCUCUUCACACGGACUGGUGCUCUGGAGUCAUCUGAGUUAGAGACCUUUAAGAAGCAGGCCGAGUGUCUUCAAUUCUUGCCAGAGUACUACUUUGGAGGAACAGAUCUGUGUCCAGAUGAACGAGAGCCUGCUUCACCGGCUGCUGAGGAAACAGAGAGUGAAACAGAUGAUCAGCCAACUGCAAAGUAAAGCAGUGCAGCGAGACGUCAUAUCCCUAUGAAAACCACCAAACACAGCCACCUUAACAUCAAUGGUGUUGUAAUGUGCCCUGCAUUUGCUCUGAUAUAUGUCUCUGUGGAAUAUUAUUUCAUUAGUGGUCCGGUCGUUUUCAGCAGCAGCAAUGACUUUAAGGCCUGUGGCAGGAAUAUUUGUCCGAGUAUGAUUUAGUUUAAAGAAAUGUGAUAUCUCAAUAGCUCAUAGCAUCAUUUGGAAGGGUAGAGUAAUGGUUGAAAAAUCCACUUAAACCACUCCUCAAUUUAACAAUCUGUAAAUAGUUGAGUAACAAUUUCUCUCUUUUUGUGUGAAGUAAAUAAAAGUUUUCAUUCUC